UCAACACACUUCUUCAAACAUCACUCCACACACAUAUCUGCACUGCCGAAUCUAUUUAAUUUCACAUCGUACAGUACGAGUCUGCCCAUGUGCUAUGAAAGACAGGCUGUUGAGAAUGCGCUUCAGGCUCAAGUUGGUAGCGAAUCAAAUGCCUGCUUCACCACUCUUUGGCGCCAUUCUCCUCCCUGGAACCAAUCAGAGUAGUCAACUCUUGAGAGUGCACAAAAGCCCUCACGAUGUUUGAGAAGAUGGGUAAUAACCGCCGGGAAGAGGUCACGGUCUUUAUAUAUGGUGAUGCCACGAGCGAAGAGUCUGGAUCCAACUUUCGCUAUCAAGGACCUUUUCAAAUACCACCAAGCAUAUACAUCCAACCUCAAAGCCUGUAAUUCUUCUCUCAGCGUCCAAAUUCUCACUACACAAUGCCAGGCGGUCUCAACAUCAUCGUGGAAGUCAUAUUCGUCCCUAUAGUCGUCUUCUGCAUCAUCGGCUUCGUAAUCUUCAAGCGGAAGCGCAAGCUUGAAAGACGGAGACAAAUCGAGCAACGAAACCCCUUCACCAAACCGUGGGAUCCAACUGCAGCGAGUACGAAUCUUCCACCCCCGCAACCAGUAUAUGGUGGUUUCCGGGCAGAAGCGACGGACUUUCCACCGCAGUACGGAUACUCGCAGCAGGGGAAUUAUGAGGCAGGAAAGCCCUGGGAACAGAGUGUUGUGAAUGUUCAGCCGUAUACGCCUGCUCAGAUCGGUGGUUAUCAGCAGCCGUACCAUCAGCAAAGUCAAGAAUGAUUUGCUGGCUUUGGGAUUGAGCACAGUCAGAAAUCAGUUGGAGGGCGUCCGGGGUUGUAAAGUUUGGUAGCAAAGAGGUGUUACCAGAUGUCACCAAAUACCGUUGGGUAAGAGAUACAUUUUGUUUCUAAGCGCGUACGAAAACUGUUUGCACUCAAUUAAAAUCUUGAUGCAGGUUCAGAAAAUCUUAUCCAAUUUUCUAUGCGUCGUGCAACCCAACCCCAAUCUCAUGUCAAGUCCCAAUAUUCUUUAUUGUCAGCCAAUCUACACCUCUCUCACGCCGCACCAAAACAAUCUCCAUCUCUAGCUGCAAUGUCAAUCUAGUGACAAUCCGGAAUCAUUUCGUUGGUUCGGGACGAUCCUACCUCUUGCCAAGAUUAUAUCCGGUUGUGCGGCAUUUAAUUACUCAUGCCGAG